AUGAAAAGCCUGCUGCUGUUCACCCUGUCCGCUCUGCUCGGCUGGGUCUCAGCUGACAUCCGCUGUCACUCCUGCUACAAGGUCCCUGUGCUGGGCUGUGUGGAUCGGCAGUCCUGCCGCCUGGAGCCAGGACACCAAUGCCUGACAACGAAUGUGUACCUCGGAAAGAUGUGGGUUUUCUCUAACCUGCGCUGUGGGACACCGGAAGAGCCGUGUCACGAGGCCAUCAACCAAACCAACCAUAAGCUGGGCCUGAUCUACAACACCACCUGCUGCAGCAAAGACAAUUGCAACAGCCUGGCCCCGCGGCCCACUGCGGCCCUGACCGUGGUCUUCCUCACCUCCUUGGCUGGACUCGGCCUCUGGCUGCUGCACUGA